GUGGAACACGCCGAGGAGUCAGUUCUCUGGGAGGCCGGAUGAGACGCGGUGAGAAACACGGCCAACGACAGACAUGCGGCACCUGCUUCUGGUCAUGGUGAUCAUCGAGUGCGGCAGGUGGAUGGAGGCACUCGACUUCACCUACUACUACAGAUACCCGGCCAGCGAGAGCAAGCUCAUGUGCGAACGUUGUCCCCCGGGAACGCACAUGGUGCAGCACUGCAGCGCCACCAAGCAGACGCAGUGCGCCCCCUGCCCGCCGCAGCAUUACACGGAGGAGUGGAACUACGUGAGGCGGUGCCUGUACUGCCGCAGGCUGUGCGGGGAUAAUCAGCUGGUAUCGGAAGCGUGCUCCGCCUCGCAGGACACCGUGUGCCAGUGCAAACCGGGCUACUUUAUGCAGGAAGACUUCUGCAGACAGCAUACCAAGUGUCGCCCGGGGUAUAGAGUCAAAGUAAAAGGGACUGCUGAUGCCGACACAGUGUGUGAGGAGUGUCCGGUGGGGUCGUACUCCCCUGGCGGCGUGUCUGAAGUGAUCUGCCGGAACCACACAGACUGCGAGUCACUCCGCCUGCGGACUGUCCUGAAAGGGGUUGCGUGGCAUGACAGCCUCUGUGCUUCGUGCGACAGCCUUAAAGCUGGGGGUGGGCUUGAACUUCUCCGAGGGAUCCUUCCGAAUUUCUUCAGUUAUCACAAACUGAGCAAGAGAACAUUGGAAAGAUUUGUGAGACGGUCCCUUUACCCUGGAAGGCGACAUGGCAGUUUUCAGAAUGCGAGUCUGCGAAAGCACCUUACCAUGUGGGUUAAGGAGGCUGGGGUGGAGAAGCUGACAAAGCUACCAAAGAUGUUGCGGAGAUGGGGUCUUCACCAUGUAGCAGAAAAACUGGAGAAAAAAAUCCGUAAAGUCACUGAUAUGACUUUAUGUGAACAUUCGAAUAACUGAAACAACACAGUUCUUGUCAUAAGUUUAAUAAAUGAAUGUAUAUCACAA